GCUUGUGUUUGUCACGUUUGUCACCAUUCACGAAAACGAAGCAAAACAAAAACCAUGUCAAACGACAGUGAAUCGUCCGAUGUAAAAAUCUCUUUCAUUCCAAAAAAACGCAAGAAUCUUCGUCAGAGAAACAUAAGUGAUGAUGAGGAAGAUGCGACUGACAAUGCACAGGAAACUAUGUCGAAAUUGGUUGAAACUAAGGAACGCCAGAAACUCCGGAACAAACCGAAUGGAGUGAAUAUCAUCGGAUUGGCUCUUGGAAAGAAAAUCACCAUCGAACAGGAGCUGACAAACAGGGAUCCAUUCAACACCAAAUCCGGAGGAAUGAUCAACAUGCAUGCAUUGAAAAAGGGUAUCAAACCAGUGGAAGAUGCAUACGACGUGGGUAUUGGUACACAGUUCUCUGCUGAAACAAAUAAACGGGACGAAGACGAAGAAAUGAUGAAGUAUAUUGAAGAGCAGCUGAGCAAACGAAAGGGCAUCAAGAGCAACACAAGCUCAGACGAUGUUAUGGAAAAUUCACACAAAUAUCUGACCCCUGAAGAAGCUGCACUACUUUCUCUACCGGAUCAUCUUCGAUUAAGUUCGACCCAAAAAUCUGAAGAAAUGUUAUCGAAUCAGAUGCUUAACGGAAUACCGGAGGUCGAUUUGGGUAUCGAAGCGAAAAUCAAAAAUAUUGAAGCAACUGAAGCAGCGAAGGAAAAACUUUUAAUGGAGCAAAAGAAUAAAAAAGAUGGUCCGUCACAGUUUGUCCCUACUAACAUCGCUGUAAAUUUUGUGCAACACAAUCGAUUUAACAUCGAAGAGGCUGAACUGAGGAAACGCAAACAGAAUGUGUUGCAGGAGAGGGAAGACGCUCAGCAAAGUAAAGAGAAAGGAGUUAAGAAGGCCACGGACGACUACCACUACGACAAGUUUAAAAAACAGUUCCGACGUUACUAAGCAUUUCCAACUAUUUACUUUUGUAAUAAAUUAUAUCUCUAAACAGACCUGAA